GAAAGUAUUCCUCAAUCAUUGUACUAUCUUUUUCAUUUCCUCGAAGUUCUGCCGAAGCCAACACCUUAUCCUCAUCCUCCACUCUUACACUUCAGCUAUGCAUAUGGCAUUCCUGGUUGCCAUGUUCAGUGCAGUGUCGGUGGUCGUACUGGCGGUUCACUGGGUUUACAGAUGGAGGAACCCAAGGUGCAGCACCGGAAACCUUCCGCCUGGCUCCAUGGGUUUGCCUCUGCUUGGCGAGACCAUGCAAUUCUUCUCACCGAACACCACUUUCGAUGUCUCUCCCUUCAUCAAGAACAGGAUAAAGAGGUACGGGCCAGUGUUCAGAACCAGCUUGGUCGGCCUGCCUGUGGUUGUGUCCACCGACCCGGAGCUCAACCACUUCGUCUUCCAACAAGAGGGGAGGCUGUUCGAGAGCUGGUACCCUGAGACCUUCACCGAGAUCUUUGGCCGCAGCAACGUGAGCUCCUUGCAUGGAUUCAUGUACAAGUACCUCAAGAGCUUGGUUCUCAAGCUCUUCGGUCCCGAGUCCCUCAAAGAGCUGCUGCUUCGUGAUGUGGAGACGGCAGCAUGCGCCAAUCUCUCCUCGUGGUCGCGUCUGUCGAGCAUCGAGCUGAAGGAAGCCACGUCAAAUAUGAUAUUUGAUCUCACUGCCAAGAAGUUGAUUAGCUACGAAUCUUCGUCUUCAUCUGAGAGUUUGAGGAAAAAUUUUGUGGCCUUCCUACGAGGACUGAUCUCGUAUCCGGUGGAUCUCCCAGGCACAGCUUAUCACCGGUGUAUGCAGGGAAGGAAGAACGUAUUGAAAGUGCUGAAAAAUAUGCUUAAAGAAAGGCGGAAUUCUCCAUGGAAACAACAUGGAGAUUUCUUCGACUGUGUCAUUGAAGAGCUGAACAAAGAAAGAUCAUUGAUAACGGAGACCAUUGCUCUGGAUUUGAUGUUUGCGCUGCUCUUCGCGAGCUUCGAGACCACAUCUCUGGCCCUCACGCUGGCCAUAAAGUUUCUCACGGACCACCCAAAUGUACUGGAGAAAUUGACAGAAGAGCAUGACACAAUACUAAAGAACCGAGAGGACCCAAUGACAGGAGUGACAUGGAUGGAGUACAGAUCAAUGACAUUCACAUUUCAGGUUAUCAAUGAAACAGCGAGGUUGGCAAAUAUAGCGCCAGGGAUCUUCAGAAAAGCACUGAAGGACAUCCAGUUUAAUGGAUACACAAUUCCUGCAGGAUGGCGAAUCAUGGUGUGUCCUCCAGCAGUGCAUCUGAACCCUGAGAUAUACGAGGAUCCACUCACCUUCGACCCAAGUAGAUGGAAGGAGAGGCCAGAACUGAAUGGUGGGUCCAAGCAUUUCAUGGCUUUUGGAGGGGGCAUGAGAUUCUGUGUGGGCGCUGAAUUCGCCAAGCUGCAGAUGGCCAUCUUCCUCCAUUGCUUGGUGACCAAAUACAGGUACAGUUUGGCCCUACCUUCCACCAUUUUUCUUUUCUUUUACAUAGUGGAAAUACGUUGGCCAUGGUUAACAAGGCAACUGCAUGAGCUUCAUGUACACACUGACAAAGCCCAUUCCCACAAUUAAUCCAUUAGCAUUAGCAGCAAAUCAUGCUCUCCAAAAUGCACCAUUUGUUCCACGAGUUAUAGAAGGAUUUCAUGGCAAGUGACCAUGUUUGAGAAUUAUAUGAUCCUGGAUGAAGGCUGCAGAGAGAUGUUUAUCUCGCAAUGGCACCAUAUGAUACUGCUCGUUUUGUCUGUAAACCUUUCAUUUAUUUGUAAUUCUGCUUUUGUCAGCUGGAGGGCAAUCAGAGGAGGAAAUAUAGUCCGAACGCCAGGAUUAGGAUUCCCAAAUGGUUAUCACAUCCAGCUCUUUCCCAAAGCUUGAUGAUCUGCAGGGAGAUGGCUUAGACACAGAUCAGUUGUAAGAUAUGUAUAAUAGAGAGUCUAAAUUUCCAUAGAACAAUUAUAUUGUGGUCUAUAGACAUGGCUGCUGGUGGCUCAAGAACUGUUGUUUGGGACCUUCUCCUCUUCUUCCUCAUUGCUACAGUCCUGAGAGAAGAUUUGGUGGUUCCAUCAAAGGUACCUUCUGUUCUCUGCAAGUGUGUAGUGUGUGCAAACUGCUGUUCUGUGCGGUCCACUUGAGAAAUAAAAUCUUGAAACUUUGUGUGUUU